AAAACAUAUUUUCAAGGCCAUCUCUGCAAGUAAACAUUUUUGUUUUCCCAAAGCAACAAACUUUCUCUCUCUUCUCUCUCUUUCUAAAGUCUGAACCUUUGGGUUUAGUUGGCACUCCCAGAAGUCUAGAGAGGUUCCAACAGACUUGGGGAAGGCCUUUUGUUUCAAGCUCCAAAGUUUCGUCUUUCAACUUUGCUGUUGCAGCCUGUUCAUGCUUCUCCUGGAUGAUUAGCAACUUUUAAUUGACGGGCAAGACAUUGCAUCUAUGUUAGCUAGCGACAUUCCAGGAGAAUAAUGUUAAUAUUGCCGCUAUUAGGAAAAGGAAGUUUCUGAUCAUGGCAACUGAGAGCCCAAUGAGAAUGAUAGAAAGUAGUGGAGCCACAAAGUGGCACUCGUCAAAGGAUGCUUUAGUAUUUGGUUUGCCAUUGAAAGAUAUGGAAGUAGAGGAGUUGAGACUGCUUUUGAAAGAGCAAAGAAUCCAUGGAGAUCAGACAGACACAGUGCCAAAUCGAAGUGGUAGUGCUCCGCCAAGUAUGGAGGGUUCAUUUGCAGCUCUUGGCAACCUUUUGGCUCAACAGAACAAUAGUCUGACUUCAAGCUUGGCAAGUUUGAGCAGUGUCAUUGAGAAUUGUGAGUCUGAGGAACAACUGCGCUCUGAUCCAGCCUAUUUUGCCUACUAUAGCUCCAAUAUCAACUUAAAUCCAAGGCUUCCACCACCUCUCAUCUCACGUGAAAAUCGUCGCUUGGCACGCCAUAUUGGUGGUUUUGGUAAUAAUUGGAGAGCAAGAUCUAUAGAUGAUAGUGGCAGUGGCUCCUUAAUGUUUUAUCGAAGUUCACUUUCUACACAUGGGGAGGAAUCUGAGGAUGAUAGAUCCCCCAGACAAGCUUCAGACAAGUGGCCAGAAGAUAGCACUGUGUCUUUGCCAGAACAAGACUCAGCAUCUUUGACAGGUCGGCACAAGAGUUUGGUUGAUCUGAUACAGGAAGACUUCCCGCGCACCCCUUCACCUGUAUAUAGUCAGUCUCGUUCCUCGGGCAUUACAGCAACAGAAGAAACAAUAGAUCAUGAUGUUCAUGCAAUCUCGUCUAAUUUUCCUUCUAUUAAUGCUUCAGAAGUACCAGAUUCAAACUUUGGUUCUACUGAUGUUUGCAUGGAUACAAGUGCCCUGGAUGCUCAUACUAUUGCUUUAAUAUCCCAAAAUGAUUCUUUAGAGACCUCAAUUCCAGGUCAGCCAUGUUCUGAACAGACAGGGAGAUUACCAGGCCCUCAAAAAGAAGAUACAAGUUUGAAAGAUGCUAGUCUGGAUGCUGAUGCGUCCGACAAUGUUCAGCAGUCAGUUGUGUCUACUGUAGAGUCGAGAAUGAGAAAGAAACAAGAAGCACAACAGUCUCAUGGAAGGAAUAUUCCUCAACACUAUUCAUCCAUUCAACCGGGUUCCCCACAUCAGGCCCAAGGAGUUCCAGCUCAGGGCUUUUCUCAAGGAUUGAGUCAUCUGUAUAGCCAUCCUAAGUUCUCUUCUCCAGAGUCACAACCACUUUUGCAUUCUUCUGGACUCACACCUCCAAUGUAUGCAACAGCAGCAGCGUAUGUGACUUCUGGAAAUCCAUUUUACCCUAAUUUUCAGCCAUCUGGUGUGUAUGGUCCACAAUAUGAUGUAGGUGGAUAUGCUGUGAGUCCUGCACUUUUUCCCCCAUUUAUGCCCGGAUACCCUUCUCACAGUGCUAUUCCUUUGACAUUUGAUUCUACUGUGUCUGGUUCAAGCUUCAAUAAUCGUACUUCUGGUGCUUCAACUGGGGAAACCACUCCACAUUCAAGUGGUUUGCAGCAUCUGGGCCACUUUUAUGGGCAGCAUGGAUUAAUGCUGCCACCUUCCUUAGUUGAUCCGCUUCAUAUGCAAUACCUCCAACAUCCUUUUAACAAUGUAUUUGGUGCUUCAGUUCAGCGUGGUCAUUUGGCAUCAACUGGUGUUACUGGGGGCCAAGUUGAUUCUUUUGUGCAGAAAGAGUCGACUGUGGCUGCUUAUAUUGGCGAUCCAAAACUUCAACCUCCAAUUAAUGGGAGCCUAAGCAUUCCAAAUCCUGGGAAAGUUGGAGCUAUUGGUGGUAGUUAUGGAGGUCAUCCAAGCAUGGGUGUCAUUGCCCAAUACCCAUCAUCACCUCUUGCUAGUCCACUGAUGCCAUCAUCACCAGUAGGUGGAAUGAGUCCUCUAAGCCGCAGAAAUGAAAUCAGGUUUCCUCCAAAAGCUGUACCAUAUUCUGGAUGGCAUGGACAGAGAGGAUUCAACAGCUUUGAGGACUCCAAAAGGCAUUCUUUUCUCGAAGAACUGAAAUCCAGCAAUGCCCGAAAAUUUGAAAUCUCUGAUAUAGCUGGGCGUAUAGUUGAAUUCAGUGUUGAUCAACAUGGGAGUCGUUUUAUCCAGCAAAAGCUGGAGCAUUGCAGUGUUGAGGACAAGGAGUCUGUUUUCAAGGAAGUCCUUCCACAUGCUUCAAGAUUAAUGACCGAUGUUUUUGGUAAUUAUGUUAUUCAAAAGUUUUUUGAACAUGGAAGUUCUGAGCAGCGAAAGGAACUUGCAGAUCAACUUGUUGGAAAUAUGUUGAACUUUAGUCUGCAAAUGUAUGGUUGUCGUGUGAUACAGAAGGCACUAGAAGUGAUCGAGCUUGAUCAAAAAACACAACUUGUGCAAGAGCUUGAUGGCCACAUUAUGAAAUGUGUGCGUGAUCAAAAUGGGAAUCAUGUGAUACAAAAGUGUAUAGAGUGUGUCCCCACCUAUAGAAUUGGAUUUAUUAUUUCUGCUUUUCGUGGCCAAGUUGCCACACUUUCUACUCAUCCCUACGGUUGCCGUGUCAUCCAAAGAGUUUUGGAGCAUUGUUCAGAUGAAAUGCAAAGUCAAUGCAUAGUGGAUGAAAUUUUGGAUGCUGCUUUUGAUCUUGCUCAAGAUCAGUAUGGCAACUAUGUUACACAGCAUGUUCUGGAGCGGGGAAAGCCACAUGAAAGAAGCCACAUUAUCAGCAAGUUAACUGGAAAAAUUGUACAAAUGAGUCAACAUAAAUAUGCGUCAAACGUUGUUGAGAAGUGCUUGGAGUACGGUGAUAGUACUGAACGAGAGCUUUUGGUUGAGGAGAUAAUUGGACAAUCUGAUGAAAAUGACACUUUAUUGACUAUGAUGAAGGAUCAAUUUGCAAACUAUGUGGUCCAGAAGAUUCUUGAUAUCAGCAAUGAUAGACAGCGGGAAGUAUUGCUGGGUCGCGUGAGAGUACAUCUUAAUGCUUUGAAGAAAUACACUUAUGGGAAACACAUAGCUGCUCGGUUUGAACAACUGUUUGGUGAAGAAAGCGAUGAGUCGGGACAUUAGCAAUCAUUGGAGAAGCGUCUUGUGGCUUGCAAGCGGAAAAGGCAAGGCUAGGCUUGUGUUUUUCUUAGGGAAAACAACCCGGUUCUGUUGCCGGCUUGAUAGUUGAAAGUUUGUGAAUAAAUGUGUCACUGCAUCUUUAAACUGUAUUUAUGUAUAUCUGUGUAUAGGGGUAAGAACUCAAGCCAGUCAUUGCUUGGAAAUUGAUUGAAGUGGCUCUCGGUCUCGCUUUGAAACCGGGGAAUGUAGUGUACAUGCAUGCAGGGAUUGCUACAAAGGCUAUGCUUUGAUUUUAUGUUUUUCAAGCAUUAUUAUGUCUAAUUAAGUUUAUCAUCCAUACAA